CGCUUUGGGCCGCUCCGGCCGGUGCUUUGCCCCGGCGCCGCAGUGCGCUCGGCCAACCGCCUCUAGGAGCGCCCAGCCGAACGCCCCGGGAGCCGGCGGGCGGCGGCCCUCGCCGGGGACCCUCCAGCGGGCCCAGGGGGACAAAGUGGCUCUAAAUGCAGCACAGGCACAUUGAAGCAAGUUAAAGGAUUUAAUAUGAAGCACAGAAGCAGAUAGUGCCAAAUAGCAAGCUGUAGUUGGUACACAUUUCUGGAAAAGCAGUGUCCGUGUUGUUAUGUACACCUCCAAAAAAGUUCAGAUCUGUAGGGGAAUUGUUGUAUAAAGUAAACUGAACUACAGGGUAGCAGUAUCUUAAUAGCUAUUCUAGAUGUGUAUUUACUAUAUUAAAAAUGAGUAAAAGAACAAGCAGUGACACACCACUAGGAAGAGUGAGUGGGGCAGCAUUUCCUUCUCCCACUGCUGCUGAGAUGGCGGAGAUUAGUCGAAUUCAGUAUGAAAUGGAAUACACCGAAGGUAUUAGUCAGCAGAUGAGGGUCCCGGAGAAAUUAAAGGUAGCACCACCAAAUGCUGACCUGGAACAAGGAUUCCAAGAAGGAGUUCCGAACGCUAGUGUCAUUAUGCAGGUUCCAGAGAGGAUUGUUGUAGCAGGAAAUAAUGAAGACAUUCCAUUUUCAAGACCAGCAGAUCUUGACCUUAUUCAGUCAACUCCCUUUAAACCUCUGGCACUAAAAACACCACCUCGUGUACUUACAUUAAGUGAAAGACCACUAGAUUUUCUGGAUUUAGAAAGACCUCCUCCAACCCCUCAAAAUGAAGAAAUCCGUGCAGUUGGCAGGCUAAAAAGAGAGCGCUCUAUGAGUGAAAAUGCUGUUCGCCAAAACGGACAGCUGGUCAGAGCUGACUCCAUGUGGUACAGAGCAGAUUCUGCCCCAAGAAAUAAAAUUUCAAGGUUCCAGGCACCGAUUUCUGCACCGGAGUACACUGUGACACCAUCGCCACAACAGGUUCGGGUCUGUCCUCCCCAAAUGUUACCUGAAGAUGGAGCUAAUCUUUCCUCUGCUCGAGGCAUUUUGUCGCUUAUCCAGUCUUCCACCCGUAGGGCUUACCAGCAGAUCUUGGAUGUGCUGGAUGAAAAUCGCAGUGUGAGAAGACAAAAUGAAAUACGUUGUGAAAGACCUGUGUUGCGUGGUGGGUCUGCUGCCGCCACUUCUAAUCCUCAUCAUGACAACGUCAGGCAUGGCAUGUCACAUAUAGAUACAACAAUUGAAGGAACUUCAGACGACAUGACUGCUGUAGAUGCAGCUUCGUUAAGACGGCAGAUAAUCAAACUAAAUAGACGUCUACAACUUCUAGAAGAGGAGAACAAAGAGCGUGCUAAAAGAGAAAUGGUCAUGUAUUCAAUUACUGUAGCGUUCUGGCUGCUUAAUAGCUGGCUCUGGUUUCGCCGCUAGAGGUAACCUCAGCUCUCAAAAAUAUUGUCUCAACAGCUGCAAAUAUAAAGAAUUUGCAAACUUCUUUGUUUCUGUCUUUGCAUUGUAUGCCGUUUUAUAGUCCAUGCCCUGAACAUGUAUUUCUUCCAGAAAGGAGGGGGGAAGGACUGAGAUUUGCAGAAGUCAAGGUAUAUUUCUCUCACUCAGCUGUAGUCACUUUUAAGCAGAUCUGCAGUAACAAACACCUUAAAAUUCUCCCUUUGCAUGUUUUGUAAAUAGGCUCUAGUUUGUUUUUUGAAAGGAAUUUUUGCCUCAUCAGCUCACACAAUUAAUUCUCUGAAUGGGAGAGAGAGUGCAUAGGAAAUGGAUUUAGAAAAGUAUCUGUAGAAGAAAAAUAGUACUUUAUUUUGUCCUGUUUCUCAAACACCGUUAGAUUGAACAGUUUUGUUAAUAGACACUUUUGCAUCGACGUCUCAACAUUAACACUUCUGAAGUCAUGGUCUGGUGUCAGAUUUGAUAAAGUCAAGGCACUUCAUGUUUUCCAGUCACCUUCAUUACAGUAAUUCCUAACAUUUCCAGCAGUUUAUCUAAUAUGUGUGUAAAAUGUGUGUUCUUAUUUUUAUUUUAGUUUUGCAGAUGGUUUUCUAUAAAGUAUGUUUUUACUAAGUCCCUGUGUGAAUGAUUUAAAAAACUACAGAAUAAGGUACAAAUGUAGUAUAUUUAAUAAACUGUCAACUAAAGCAAUGUUUGUCGAAAA